CUCGCCUCUGGCCAGGACCCGGUGGGCGGGGCGGGGUUUGUGGAGGGGCGUGGUUAUGGGUGGCCUCGCUCCGUGGGAGGCGCGGCGGGGGGUGGCUCCGCCUCCCACGGCGCCGUGCCGGAAGCGGAAGUGGGCGCGGCGCGGAGCCGCCGGAGGUGCGGGGCCGCCAUGGAGUUCCCGGACCUGGGCGCCCACUGCUCCUGGCCCGCCUGUCAGCGCCUGGGAGCUGGAGGAGAGGGGAGCUCUUGGCUUCCCUGGGGUCAGGGAGGCCCCCGGGCCUGACAUCUCCCCACUCUCUGCCCGCUGCGUCUCCCCGCCACCAGACUUCCUCCCCCUGAAGUGUGACGCCUGCGAACAGAUCUUCUGCACUGACCACAUCGCUUACGCCCAGCACGACUGCACCUCUGCCUACAAGAAGGAUGUGCAGGUCCCUGUGUGUCCCCUCUGCAACACCCCGGUUCCCGUGAGGCGGGGGGAGAUGCCAGAUGUUGUGGUGGGAGAGCACAUUGACCGUGACUGCAAGUCCGACCCCGCACAGCGCAAGCGCAAGAUAUUCACCAACAAGUGUUUAAAGCCUGGCUGCAGGCAGAAGGAGAUGAUGAAGGUGAUCUGUGACCAGUGCCACAAGAACUACUGCCUCAAGCACCGGCACCCCCUGGACCAUGACUGCAGCGGGGCAGGGCGUCCCCUCUCCAAAGCAGGGCAUGCUGCGGUUGCGAGAGCCCAGGCAUCCUCCAGAACGGUUGCUGCAUCAAGCAGUGGAGCUGCCCAGCCAGCCAACAACCCCUCUUCUCCAGCCUUUGCCAGAGGAGGCAGAGCAGCUGCGUUGCAGACUCCCAGCACCUCCCCUCCAGCUGUCAUGCUGCAGAAUGGGCUGAGUGAGGAAGAGGCCCUGCAGCGAGCUCUGGAGAUGUCCCUGGCAGAGUCAGCGCACAGCUCAGCACAUCCACCCAGCAGCACGCAGGAGGAGGAGGAUCUGGCACUGGCCCAGGCACUGUCAGCAAGCGAAGCCGAGUACCAGCAAUCACAGCGGCAGGCACACGGUUCAAAGCCAUCAAACUGCAGCAUGUCGUAGGCAGGCAAGGCAGGGUGUGCCAGUGGACGUGGGAUCCUGCUUGUGCCCUGAGAAACAGCUCUGGCCUCUCGUGGAUGCUGUGGAGUUCUGGCCUGGACACUGACAACCAGAGCCCCUCGCCAAGGACGGUGCACCUCCGCGGGGGCUGUAAGCGAGCCACCAAACACACACUGACAACUCAGCCCUAGUACCUGUAUAAAAUUGGUGCAGCAAAUUGCUGAUGCUCCUGGAGAGGUGAAGACUGUAGGACGAGGCUGAGCACACUGACCAAAGCAAGCAGCAGCCCAGGGCAUGCACUUAGCCACACCUGCCGUGGCCAUGUCCCAGCACUGCUGAGACUGUGGGGUGAGGUCAGAGCCAACCUGGGGGGAAAGGGCUGCCUGGGGACGUCUCUGCAUGCUCAGAUGUACAGCCAGGAUGCGGCUGCCUGCUGCAGUAGUGGGGGACUGGAUUGCGAGCUCCAGGGAGGGCUCUGCCAGCCCCUUAGCAAAGAGUAACUGUGUCUGGGACAGCCUCUUGCACAGGCAUGGGACAGCUGAAUGUGUGGCCUCCCAGCAGUUUGAAGGCAGCCCCUUCCCCGCUCCCUGUGCCCUCAGUGCUUCCCCUCCUAUUUGCAUGCACAAGAGCAUGUUGGGCCUUACCCAGCUCGUCUGGGGCCCAGGACCCCUCUGAGACUGAGUGGAGCUGUUUCCUUUCUCGUUUAAUUUAACAAGGGCCAUUAACUGAAGAGUAACUUCAGCAGUGACUUGACUGUGCCUCAUGUGGGAGGACUGCAGCCGUCUUCCUGCUGCUGGCUGCUCCUCUGCUGCCCUAAACUAUCCCAGGGCCCUGUUCUAUGCUGCUGGGGCAGGAACACCUCCUUCACAGCUGUGCUGUGGGGGAUCCCCUCCUGGGGAGCAGCAGCACAGAAUACCUUCUUUCAAAUACAGCCCUGAGCCUGGAGCCAGCCCUUCCUUGCUGGUGUUUGGAGGGGGAGCUGAUGCCUGGGGGAGGGGCGGGGCGGGGACUUGCCCUCCUGGCUUCCUGCAAGGAGGCCUGCAGCUGUGCAGAGUGGUGCUGCUUUCCCAGCUGCUCCUGAGCCUUCCUGCCGGCACCACUCCUGCCUGUAGGGCUGUGCCUUGUUCUGCACAGGGCCAAGCUGUCCCAGGCCCAGCAGGGUACAGCUGAGGACAAGGGCAUCUGCUGGCAGUGCCUCCCUGGGGCGGGAGGUGGGUUCAGUCUAGGCUGAGGGAAUGCUGAGACUCAUCAAAGUGCUGCUUGGGAGAAAAUAAAAGCACAGCACAAGGUACA